UGCAAAACCUAAAACCCUAAACCCCCUGCCGCCCUCAAAUUCGGAAAAAUAAACCCGAUUUAUUUUCUUCAAAUUCGCUUCACCAUGUAUCGCGUUGCUGCUGCGCUGGCUUCUUCCGUAGCGAGAGCCUCUGUUUCCAAGAAUCAGGUGUGGGGUGGCAGAAUACUUUUACGCAGGGACUAUUCAGCAAAGGAUGUCAAUUUUGGGGUUGGUGUUAGAGCCGCGAUGCUGCAGGGGGUUAAUGAACUCGCCGAGGCCGUGAAGGUCACCAUGGGGCCAAAGGGUCGCAAUGUAAUCAUUGAGAAGACCAACAAGGAUCCUAAAAUCACAAAAGAUGGAGUCUCUGUUGCAAAAAGUAUUGAGUUCAAGGAGAGAGCAAAAAAUAUUGGGGCAAACCUUGUAAAGCAGGUUGCUAGUGCUACAAACAAAGCUGCUGGAGAUGGUACCACUUGUGCUACUGUUCUAACUCAAGCAAUACUUGCUGAAGGGUGCAAAUCUGUUGCAGCAGGAGUUAAUGUCAAGGAUUUGCGAAAUGGAAUAAAUAUGGCUGUGGAUUCUGUCAUAGCUCAUCUGAAAGACAGAGCAUGGAUGAUUAAAACUCCAGAAGAAAUUGCACAGGUAGCAACCAUCUCUGCAAAUGGCGACAAAGAAAUCGGGCAGUUGAUAGCUAGCGCAAUGAAGAAAGUUAGCAAAUAUGGAGUUAUUACAGUUUCAGAAGGAAAGACUCUGCACAAUGAGCUUGAAGUGGUUGAGGGAAUGAAAUUAGCGAGAGGCUACAUAUCUCCUUAUUUUGUUACUGAUAAAGGAUCUCAGAAAUGUGAACUAGAAAAUCCCUUGAUUCUGAUUCAUGACAAGAAGAUUUCAGACAUUCAUACAAGUCAUCUAAUCCGAAUUUUGGAGCUUGCUUUAAAGGAAGGGAGAUCUUUGUUAAUUGUUGCCGAAGAUAUAGAAGGUGAUGCUUUGGCGAUGCUGGUACUAAAUAAACAUCGCGCGGGGAUGAAGGUUUGUGCCAUCAAAGCUCCGGGUUUUGGUGAAAAUAGAAGAGUUAAUCUAGAGGAUCUUGCUAUUCGUACAGGGGGUCAGGUUAUCUCUGAGGAACAUGAUCUUACCUUAUCAAAUGCGCAAUUAGAAAUGCUUGGGACUGCUAAGAAGGUUACUGUCUCUCUUGAUGAUACCAUUAUUCUGCGUGGUGGUGGGGACAAAAGACUAAUCGAAGAAAGACGAGAACAGCUUUGGACAACAAUCGAGAAAAGUACUGCCACGUUUGACAGAGAGAAAGCUCGAGAACGGUUGUCUAAUCUUUCUGGAGGUGUUGCGAUUAUUAAGGUUGGUGGAGCGAGCAAUGCUGAAGUUGCCGAGAAAAAGGAUCGGGUUACCGAUGCUCUGAAUGCUGCACGAGCAGCUGUGGAAGAGGGUUAUCUGCCAGGCGGUGGUGUUUCUCUUUUAUACGCUACAAGGGAGUUAAAUAGAAUCCAAACCAAGAACAGUGAUGAGAAAAUUGGAGUUCAGAUUAUUCAAAAGGCACUAAAGGCACCUGCUUAUACAAUUGCCACAAAUGCGGGUGUGGAUGGUGCAGUAGUUAUUGGCAAACUUCUAGAACAACAUGACUAUAAUUUUGGUUAUGAUGCUGCUACAGGUAACUAUGUUAACAUGGUGAAGGCUGGAAUUAUUGAUUCUUUUAAAGUCAUAAAGACAGCUUUAGUGGAUGCUGCAAGUGUUUCGGUUCUUCUUACCACCACUGAAGUAGCGGUGGUAGAUCUAGAAGAGGGAAAAGAUGAGUCUGGAAUCAGAAGAAUGCCACAAUUGGAUGACCUGGAUUUAUGAUAAGAUUGAGGACUACGGAGAUUUGUAAGAAAUUUCAAAGAAGAGAAUAAUUUAUUUCUAUUCCAAUGAGCAUAAGUUAUAGGAAAAUUUUGGUAAAAUGCUACCGCUGCUUCUUAUUCUUUCAUUUUGCAUCAUUAUUUAGAUUCCAUUCCGCAAAUGCUAGGUGAGUUUAGGGUGUUAUUGU